AUGUCCAAAGCAGCCUCCGCAGACCACUUGAAGGUGGACCCGGAUCUCCCCGUCAGCCCAGAGGGCGUCACUUACCACGUGAAGUGCAAAUCGGAUGAACUUGCCGACCGCAUCCUGCUCGUGGGCGACCCAGGGCGUGUGAAGGAUGUGGCGGAGUUCUUUGACGCCGGCAGUGUGCGCUUUCACAGCGAGAACCGUGAAAUCUACAUUUCCACCGGCACCUACCAGGGCACGCCCGUCUCCGUCGUGAGUACGGGGAUGGGGACGGACAACGUGGAGAUCGUCAUCAACGAGAUUUAUGUACUGAAGGAGUACGACUUUGUGCGCCGUGGGUGGCGCCCACGCGCAGGGGAUGCGCACGUACCACAGGGCGCACAGGUGUUUGACCCAUCCACCGUGAAACUUAUUCGCGUGGGGACAUGCGGCUCGCCGUUUCCGGAUAUGUCGCUUGGCGCCCUCGCCGUCACGCGCUACGUCAUCGGCAUGGAUAACACCUGCCUCCUGUACAAGGCCAAUGAGCAGGUCAAGAAGUCGAAGGAUCUACUGGAGGUGCAGCGUGUGGUGAAGGCGCGCACUGGCCUGGGUGGUAUUGACGUGUACACCACAAAGGCACACCCCGCCAUCACGAACGGCAUUGUGGCGGCCUGCAAGAGUUUCAACGAGCAUCUGUCGGCGGGAGCCAAGAAGCAGGAGUACGUUGUCGGCACCACUGCAACCGCCAGUGGAUUCUACGGCUGUCAGGGACGCGCCGUGGGCCGCUUCCGCGAGCACCUCCUGGUGCCCAAUUUGGUGGAGGAGCUUUCCAAGCUUGAGUUUGAUGUUACUGAGGGGAAAGAAAUCGUGGCCAACAUUGAGAUGGAGACAAGUGCCCUGUGUUCGCUCUCAAACAUGCUUGGGUACCAGGCGGGUUCGGUGUGCGUCGUUGUGGCCAAGCGCGCUGGUGCAGAGCAUCUUUUUGCAACGCACGAACAGGGGAAAGUGGCGCUUGCAAAUGCUAUCCGCAUUGCCCUGAACGCCAUUGUAGGUAUUCCGUAA